AUGACUGAAACUAAUAGCACCAUCUCUCAUCCUGUUGAAUUUAUUCUAACGGGCUUUGUAGGAAUACAAAGUGAGGCAAGCUUCAUUUUAUUAGCGUUCUCGGUUAUGUAUAUUUUAACAAUUGCUGGUAAUAUCACAAUUAUUAUAACUGUUGCAAUAGAAGAAAGUCUGCAUGAACCUAUGUAUAUUUUACUUUGUAUGUUAGCCCUCUCUGACCUUGUCCUAUGCAAUACUGUUCUGCCUAAAAUGUUGGCAAUGUUAUGGUUUAUGGACAACCGGAUCAGAUUUGAAGGAUGUUUUAUUCAGAUGUUUUUUGUACAUAUGUUUUCAGUAAUAGCAUCAUCAGCUUUACUCACAAUGUCUUUUGAUCGCUAUUGUGCAGUAUGCAAUCCAUUAAGAUAUCGAAGUAUUUUCACAAACAUAUUUUUACUAAAACUUUGCCUGGCUUGCCUUGGUAGGGGCAUAUUUUUUACACUGCCAUUAGUCUGGUUUACAUUACGGCUACACUAUUGCAGCUCUAACCUCAUUUCUAUUUCUUACUGUGAUCAUAUGUCACUUGUAAAACUUGCCUGUGAUGAUACAACAUUAAACAAUGUAUAUGGCAUAGUAACUAUGAUUGUUGUUAUUGGACUUGAUUCUGUUCUUAUCCUCUUUUCAUACAUUAAGAUAAUCCAAGCUGUUAUGAAACUUGACACAGGAGAGGCAAAGCAAAAGGCUUUAAAUACUUGUGGGUCUCAUCUCAGUGUUGUGUUCCUUACAUACAUAUCAGCUGUUUUUUCUUUAACAGCACACAGACUAAGCAAUGUAGCUACACCCAAUGUUCUUGCAACAUUUUCAUGCAUAUAUUUAGUUCUACCUGGAGUGCUAAAUCCAAUUAUUUAUGGAGUAAGAACAAAAGAAAUUAGAAAAAGUUUUAUGAAACAUUUAAUAAUCAAAAGAAGCAAACAGGCUCUGAUGUCCCUAAAAAUGGGGAAUGAAACUAAUAGUAUAAUCUCAGGUCUCCCUGUAGAAUUUACUCUUACUACUUUUUCAGGAAACCAAAUGCGGCUGAGUUUAAUUUCUGUACCAUUCUUAUUUAUUUAUAUGUUAUCAAUGGGAGGUAAUGUUACAAUUCUGGUAAUUAUCAAAAUAGAGGAAAGCCUUCAUGAACCUAUGUAUAUUUUUCUAUGCAUGUUAGCCAUCAUAAAUCUUGUCACAUGCAACAUUGUCCUGCCUAAAAUAUUGGCAAUGCUUUGGUUUAGGGAAAACAAAAUAAGUUUUGAAACAUGUCUGACCCAGAUGUUUUUUAUUCAUAUCUUCUCUGCAGCAGAAUCAUCAGUUUUAGUUGCAAUGUCCUUUGACCGUUACACUGCCAUAUGCAAUCCUUUAAGAUACACAAAUAUAUUUUCAAAUGCAUUUAUGCUGAAAAUUGGAUUGCUGUGUUAUAUCAGAGGAAUAAUUUUAAUCAUUCCAGAAGUGUGGCUUGCAUCAAGGUUACCAUACUGCACCUCAAGAAUUAUUCCUAUUUCUUACUGUGAUCACAUGUCAGUUGUAAAACUUGCAUGUACAGACACAACAGUUAGCAAUGUGUAUGGGAUAAUAGUAAUAUCUUUAAUUGUUCUUGUUGAUUUUGUUCUUAUUGUGUUGUCAUACAUCAAGAUAUUUCAAGCUGUCUUAAAUAUUGGGUCAAGAGAGGAAUACCAAAAGGCCUUAAACACUUGUGGAUCACAUCUAUCUGUAGUGCUAUUUCAAUAUAUAACUGCAUCCUUUUCUUUUAUUACUCAAAGAUUAGGUAAAGUAGCUGGCUCUGAUGCUUUGGUUUUAUUUUCAUGUUUGUAUGUUAUUCUUCCUGCAAUGCUGAAUCCAAUUAUUUAUGGCAUAAGAACAAAAGAAAUUAGAAAGAACAUUCUGAAACAUUUGAAAAUUUCAUACAGAUUUGCAACAGUUGGUGUCAGCAAAUUUUAUCUCAGGACAAAACAACUGAUCUACACAAAGAUUGCAACUUUGCAGAAAAUAUUGCUUGAUCUAAACUGCAAUUACAGUAGUCAACAAGAAAAAGAUAAAUGGCUAGAGUUUAUUCUUACUACUUUUUCAGGAACACAGAUGCAACUCUGUUUAAUAUCUGCACCAUUCAUAGUUAUGUAUGCUUUAGCAAUUGCAGGUAACAUUACACUUAUGGUAAUUGUGAAAAUAGAAGAAAGUCUCCAUGAACCUAUGUAUAUCUUACUUUGUAUGUUAGCCAUUAUAGAUCUUGUCUCUUGUAACAUUGUCCUGCCUAAACUUCUAGCAAUGCUUUGGUUUAGGGAAAACAAAAUAAGUUUUGAAGCAUGUCUCAUCCAGAUGUUUUUUAUUCAUAUUUUUUCUGCAGCAGAAUCAUCAGUUUUAGUUGCAAUGUCCUUUGACCGUUAUACUGCCAUAUGCAAUCCUUUAAGGUACAUAUCAAUAUUUACAAAUGCAUUUUUGUUGAAAAUUGGAUUAGCUUGUUUUACUAGAGGAAUAAUUCUACUUGUACCAGAAGUGUGGCUUGCAUCAAGGUUACCAUACUGCACCUCAAGAAUUAUUCCUAUUUCUUACUGUGAUCACAUGUCAAUUGUAAGACUGGCGUGUACAGACACAACAGCUAGUAACAUAUAUGGGAUAAUAGUAAUAGCUUUAACUGCUCUUGUUGAUUUUGCACUUAUUGUCUUAUCAUAUACUAAGAUCUUUAGAGCUGUCUUGAAUAUUGGGUCAAGACAGGAAUACCACAAGGCCUUAAAUACCUGUGGCUCUCAUUUAUGUGUAGUGCUAUUUGCGUAUAUAGGUGCACUAUUUUCCUUUAUAACACAAAGGUUUAACAAUGUUGUUGGUUCUGAUGUUUUAGUUACAUUUUCAUGCUUGUAUGUAGUUCUUCCCGUAACAUUGAAUCCAAUUAUUUAUGGCAUAAGAACAAAAGAAAUUAGAGAUAACAUUGUGAAGCUUUUACUUCCUAGGGAAAAAUUAAAACCAGCCGGGAUCAAAGCAGUCUGA